UUACUCUUAAGGGUGGCAGGACUUAAUGCAAAUGAACCUAGAGGAAACUGUCAGCUGCACUGUGGUCCAACCAAUAGAAGAAUAGCUCCAUCUUGGCUGUGCACUAGACUGCAUUACAAACAGACGAUACCAUCGCUUCAACAGCAGCCUUCUGACAAGAGAUGCAGAGAAUGCUGAGAAAUUAUCACAACUGUGAUUUUUAUAUAAAAAAAGACCAUAAAGAUUCAGAAGAGAAACUUCAAGAGAAAUUCCCUGAUUUUUAAAAGGAAUCAACCUGAAAGGCUUUAACAGAAAGUCUAAGGAAUAUUUUCAUCCAUACUGGAGAGGUCCCAGGUUAAAUGAUCAGAUAGGCCCUCAAGCAAUUUCCGGCUCUUUACCUACCCAUCCACUAUUUCCUGAAUCAGGUCACCUGUCCUCGAAGCUGAAAGGAGCAGAAAUAGGACACAUAAAUACACUGAACCAAGAAGAUUCAAAAGAGCAAUAAAAGAAGUGAAAUCUCUUAAGAAUGGCCUCCCUGAGCUCCAGCCUCUGGAAUGAAACCACUACAUCUGUUUAUCAGUACCUUGGUUUUCAAGUUCAAAAAAUUUACCCUUUCCAUGAUAACUGGAACACUGCCUGCUUUGUCAUUCUGCUUUUAUUUAUAUUUACAGUGGUAUCUUUAGUGGUGCUGGCUUUCCUUUAUGAAGUGCUUGACUGCUGCUGCUGUGUAAAAAACAAAACUGUGAAAGACUUGAAAAGUGAACCUAACCCUCUUAGAAGUAUGAUGUACAAUAUGAGAAAACGUGAAAUUGAAGUGGUCUAGCUAGAAUGUAAAAAGAUGAACAAAAUUUUUGAAAACAGUCUUCAACCACUGAGAAAAAAAGAAAAUUUUCUGAAGCCAACUGUUAUUACAAAAUUGACUAACUCUGAAUGAUUAAAAGUCUUUCUACUAGAAGGGGGAAUAAAGUAAAUAUGUACUUUG